AUGGAACUUGAAGAUUACUCAAAACAUUUUGGAUUUCUUAAACAUCACUUUCGAGAUCAAUGUCAAAUAAGACAAAAGGAAGCCGAAAUUGUAGCCAUUGAAUCAGCCGUCCAUGAAUUAAUUCACAAAAUAUUGCAAUUAGUCGAAGAAGAAUGUUCUUGGUUUAAAAUAUCUAGAAUAUUGCCUUCAGGAAGCUUUUAUGAAGGAACUAAAAUAGGAAACUUAGACGAAUUCGACUAUAUGAUCGUUUUGCAAGCUCUUUCACAGGAUGAUAUUGAACUUCAAGAUGGAUGUAGUCCUUGGUAUAAAAGAAUAAAAUUAACAGAUAAAAGUAACUAUUUCGAGAGAUAUUGUAGUGCUGUUGCUGGUUCCGGACACCCCCUUACAGUUAUCGCUAUCAUUUGUCUAAUCCAAGGUUCAUCAUCUCAGAAUUUUGGAAAACUGUCAGGAAUUCCUGAAUCAGCUUACGAAGACGAAGACUGUAGGGUGAUUGUUCCAGUACAUAGAAUGGAUAUCGGAAUUGAUCUAAUGAUGGCAAUAGAACAUCCAUGUCUGGAGUCAGUAGCAAAAUGUGAAGGUUUUCCAUCGGAGUAUAAAGAACUUUUGAUGAAGCUUGGUUGUCAUAUUGUUAUCAAAUCCUGUCACAUUCAACACUUUCCAGAGCCAGCAUGUUACUUUAUUUCAUUUGCAUCACUAGAGCUUGAAAUGAUGAAAAACCUUGACAAACAUCACAAAAAAUGCUACAAGAUUUUAAAAUCGCUUUUAACUAGUGAAUUGAAUUUCAGCGGGAAAUGCAUGCAUUUAUCAUCUUAUGUUCUUAAAACGGCUUUCUUGUUUCAUGUUUAUGGGGAAAACGGAUGCACUUAUUCCAGGUUAAAUGCAAAAUGCAUUUUUGAAGUUCUAAACUAUCUGUCUUCCUGUUUUUAUAACCUAAGAAUGCCAUGUUUCUUCGCCAGAGACAUGAAUACUUGGGGUCAUAUCCUUGAAUUUCCAGUCAUUAGGGGGACAGCAUUUGAUUAUAUUGAUUUAUUUAAAUCUAAAAUAAUUGCAUUUUCUUUCUUGUGGAUGAAAUUGUGGUAUAAAAUUGUCCAUUUUGUCAAGACCACAAUAUCAGAGUACAAUAAUGAAAACAUCGAUGAAUGGUACACAAUUACUGAUAAAUGUGGCUACAUGAAGACCACCAUAUAUUAUAUCCUGGAAAAAUAUACAGAUUGGACAAACUCUGAAGUGCUAAAGGGUGUAGGUAUAAUGACCAACGAGGAGCUUAACGGUAAAAACUUAGCCUCCUGCUCCGAUGAACAGUUUUCAUACUUCGUUGAGGAUUUACAGAAAGUGUAUAACAUUAAAUUAGAUUUUCUUUUGUGA